ACAAAUCAUGCUGUAGUCACAUGCUUGGUGUACAAGUUAGUUGUGACCGAUUUGACCGAAAAAAAACUUGGAAUUUGUACUUUGAUCGUGUCCACAUGGAUCGAUCAUCGUGUUUAUUGUUGUUCCUGACCAUUGGAAUCACGUGUGUGGCUGCACAGACGUGUGGAUAUAAGAAAUGUAACUCCCUGCCGAUCAAACCUGGUAUGAUAAAUGUACACCUGGUGCCACACACACAUGACGACGUCGGCUGGCUCAAGACAGUGGACCAAUAUUACUAUGGAGCAAACACCACCAUCCAGAGGGCAGGUGUUCAGUACAUCCUGGAUGGAGUCAUUCCCCAGCUGGAGGCUAACCCCAGGAGGAGGUUUAUCUAUGUGGAGAUGGCCUUCUUCAAACGCUGGUGGGACGAACAGGAUGAAGACAUGCACGGAAGGGUCAAGAAGCUUGUGGACGAAGGCCGAUUAGAAUUCAUCAAUGGAGGCUGGUGUAUGAAUGACGAGGCGAGCACACAUUACAACGCAAUCAUCGACCAGAUGACACUCGGGCUGCAGUUCUUAAACACGACGUUUGGCGAGUGCGGGCGACCUCUCGUGGCAUGGCACAUUGAUCCAUUUGGACACUCCAGGGAACAGGCUUCAAUUUUUGCCCAGAUGGGAUAUGAUGGGUUCUUCUUCGCGAGGCUGGACUAUCAGGACAAGAUGAACAGACUGAAUCUGAAGAACAUGGAGGAGAUCUGGCGGGGCAGCCCCAACGACCUUGGCAAGGUCGCUGACCUCUUCACAGGGGCUCUGUUCGGACCGCUCUAUACUCCACCACCUGGUCUAUGCUUUGAGCUCUUAUGCCAAGACCCUCCCGUGCAGGAUGAUCCCAGGCUACAUGAUUACAAUGUGGAAGAGCGGGUGAAAACUGCUGAGAACAGGUCCAUGGAACAGGCAAAGCACUUCCGUACAGAACACAUCAUGUGGACCAUGGGGUCUGACUUCCACUACCAGGCAGCCAACAUAUGGUUCAAAAACAUGGACAAACUCAUCAAGUACACCAAUGCUGGGAACAAGGUAAACCUGCUGUACUCCACCCCAUCCUGCUACGUGUACCACAAGAACCAGGCUGCUGAUGUUAAAUGGAGCUACAACAACACGGACGACUUUUUCCCGUACGCCGACAAGCCCCACAGUUUCUGGUCGGGAUACUUCACCUCAAGACCCACCAUCAAGGGUUACGUCAGGGAAUGUAACAAUUUCCUUCAGGUUUGCAAGCAGCUAGAAGUGAUAGCUGGGCCACUGCCAUUUAAAAAUGGAGGACCAUCAUCACAAAGAUUUCGAGAGGCCAUGGCAGUUGCCCAACACCACGAUGCUGUCAGUGGAACUGAGAAGCAACACGUGGCCAACGACUAUGCCAUGCGGCUGCACGCAGGUGCUGUGGAAUGUCAGGCAGUUGUGGGCCGUGCUCUGACCAGUAAGAUGAAGAAGGGAAGUGUGGACCCUCCGGCUGCCCAGUUCUGUACCUACCUCAACAUCAGCAUCUGUCCCACCACUGAGGACAACGACAAUUUUGCAGUGACCGUGUACAAUCCCCUGGCCAGGCAGCUGACUGGACACUACCUCCGUCUGCCUGUCAACGGUCAAGCUUACACUGUCUCUUCACCUAAAGGCACAUCAGUGGAAACACAGAUGCUGAAGGUAUCUCCUCGUACUGUGAAAGUGAGGGGACCACGCGGUAAUGCCACCAGUGAACUGGUCUUCCCUGUCACUGUGCCAGCUCUGGGCUUUAACACCUACCUGGUCAGUCAGGCCAGCAAAAGGAAUACAAGAAUGGAAAGCCUGUUCAUGCCACAGGCAGAAACUAAGUUAAACGUGGUUUCAAUGAUGAUUCCCCAGUCACCUAUGAUGAGAGGGGACACUGAGAUUCAUAAUGAGCAUCUAAGCUUGGUGUUUGACAGCGCCACUGGUUAUCUGAAGACUGUGACAAACCUGAAGAAAAAGUUGACACUAAACGUGAACCAGGCGUUCUACUGGUACAACUCCAGUACUGGUAACAACAAGGACAGCACCCAGAGGUCUGGAGCCUACAUCUUCAGACCUAAUGGCACAGAACCACUCACAAUAAAAACCAAAGGAUCGGUCAUCACCAAAGUGGUGGCAGGAAAGUUGGUACAGGAGGUCCACCAGGUGUUUAAUGACUGGGUCACGCAGGUGAUACGUCUAUAUGCUGGACAGCGUCAAGCUGAACUGGAGUGGACUGUCGGACCAAUCCCCUUCAAGGACGGUCUGGGGAAGGAAAUCAUCACUCGUUUUGACUCCGACUUAAAGACUGACAAGAAGUUCUACACCGAUGCCAACGGGCGGGAGAUCUUGCAGCGUGAGCUGAACCACCGUCAGACAUGGAAGCUGAACCAGACUGAGCCUGUGGCUGGCAACUAUUACCCUGUCAACAGCAGAAUCUUUAUCAAGGAUGCGAGCAAACAGCUGACUGUCCUGACAGACAGGUCUCAGGGUGGCUCCAGUCUGAAGGACGGCUCUCUGGAACUCAUGGUUCAUCGCCGGAUGUUCUACGACGAUAACUUUGGUGUUGGGGAAGCCUUGAAUGAAACAGGAGUAUUUGGAGAUGGCCUGGUGGCACGUGGCAAACACUACCUGAUGUUGGAAUCACCUGCGGACUCUGGCCAGCUGCACCGCACCCUGGGGGAACAGCUGUACAUGGCACCUGCCGUCAGCUUCACACCCAACACGCUCUCCACUCAGGACUGGAGCAACAACUUCAACAUGGAUUACACAGCUCUGAAGCGUGAACUGCCACCCAGUGUCCACCUGCUGACCCUGGAGCUGUCUGAUGGAGACACAGCCCUCCUCAGGCUGGAGCAUCAGUACCAGGCUGCCGACCGGGGGACGCCACAGACUGUCUCUCUACAGGGGCUGUUUGAACCAUUUGAGGUUGUGACCUCUAGUGUGGAAGAGCUGACUCUUGGAGGAAACAUUCAUACAGAGAAACUACAUCGUCUGUCAUGGAACACUGAGGAAGGCACCACAGGAAAUGUAUCCCAACAAUGCUGGGACCCCAGCUCUGCCACUGUCAGUCUCAAACCCAUGCAAAUCUGCACCCUUCGCUUCCACGUAAAACGCAGGUGGUAACAACUCACAACCUUUAACUUCACUAUUAUAUAGUUUUCAGGACACGUAAAAAAGAUAAAAUGUGUGAGUCUACUCUGGUGGUGAUGGAAUUAUUUGUAAUGACAACUGAGGUGUGUGUAUAGUGUAUGGUGUUACAGAACUGAGGUGCAUAGCAGUUUUAUGUUACUGAAAAAGAAAGCUUUCAAAGAGUGUCUGCUUCAAAUCAUGGUCAGGAUUUCAGGGCACAUUUCGUUACAAAAUGUGAACCAAGGACGUGUUUUUGUAGUGCAAUCAUCAGUUUAGUACAAUCACUGAACAUGUACGUAUCUUCGUACUUUGGUGAGAUACCAGUAUACUGGUAUGUAGCAACAAAUAUGUGAAUACUAAAGUAUCAAGCAUAUCUUUCCAGUACACACUAGGAUAAAGGACACAGUGAAGUCUGUACUCCAGAAACUACAAGGAUACACGUUGUACAAAUUCUUUUUGUUUUGGAAAUUAUAAAUGUCUACAAAUGUCAAAUAGAAUGUGGGAAGUCAACACAUGGGAAGGAGUAGCAAAAAAGUACUUUUUUUCAGCAUCAUAAAAGAUCAUUCAUUUGAAACCAACUGAGUUUCAGUGGCACAUACAUAUAGAAUGUAUGGCCACAUGUAGGACAAUUUGACUCCCUUCGCUGCAUGGACAUAUAGAGAAAAUUCUGCACAGGUUUCACUUGUUUUAUUACUUAUCAUUGCACCAGAGAUACAAGGUAUUGAAGUCUACAGUCAUACACUUCAGAAAACCUUUACUUGUUUAUGACGUAAUAUGUAAGGCUUAUGAUUUUGAGGUGUUAAAUAUAAAAUCAGUAGUUACCGGUAGUAGUGAUGCAUACUGGUUCACUGGACUUGGAUCCGGACUUGUAAGAAUGUUUAGGUCAAGUAAGAACCGAGUCCGGACUUAUUACCAUAAAAGACCAUUUCACAUACCCCUUUUCUUUCCAAACCACCUAAAACCUACCGUAGAUUGCAAAAUCUUUGCUGCAAAAUGAAGAAAACAUUGCCAUCGGGCAUCGUCAAGUAUCCGCCUCCAUGUUAUGUGGCCAAAGUUUCACCCAGACAACAUUGCAAGGUUGCCAACAUGCAAUUUUGUAUAUGCCAUGGGUUUAGGUCCGGACUUACAAGUCCGGAACUGAACCUAAACCUCUGGACUUGAAUCCGGACCUGAACCUAAAAUUGGGUUUAGGUAUGCAUUAUUAACCGGUAGAUUGCUCUACUGUAGUCUCCAAACAUGACAUUCAAUAGCUUGUUUUAGAUUAUUAUAUGAGCUUUAUGGUGUGAUUCAUCAUACAAAAUUACUGCCACAAACUGAAUGCAAUGCUGCUAGAAGUUUGAGAAAGUGGAUGAUAAAAGAAAGGAGACCAAA